AUGCAAGAUAAAUUAAAGAACCCAAGUCUGAAUUGGGAGAGACUAUCAAAUAUAUUUUAUAGAAGCAGGAAGUUAUGUGAAUUGGAUUGGACCGGUGGAAAAAAUGACUUCUCAACUAAGUUCGCUACUUCGACAACGUUAAUUGCAAUAAUGGGAGAAGACACACUUUCCGUUUACAGCUACCUGGGAGCUCUUAUAGGUCAGGUAGGGAGUGAGAACUUAGAAAAUGUGAUUAAAUUUGAAUUUGAUAAUGAAACUGAGAAACUGGUAAUUGUCUGCCAGGACGCAAUCAAAGUUAUAGAGAAUUGGUUACCUUUAGAAGUAAAAUCUCUCCCGGUUCCAGAGGAAAUACGAGAUAGAGACAUAAUUUGGGACUAUAAACAAGGUAUUGUGAUUCUUAAGGAUUCUAAAGAUAUUUAUUCCGUUCGAUCAGGAAAUUUCGAAAAGAUCAUCUCGAACAACGGCCAAUUUAGACUACUGACCAAGGAUAGUUGGGACUGUAAUGAGAAAAUGGUGGUUCUCUUAGAUAUGGAUAACGUUUAUCAUUUUGACUUGCUUACAAAUGAUUUGGAGAAUGCGAUCCCUAAUUCACAAUGGCACAGGAUCACCAUUUCAUCAAAAAGUUUUGUUUGUUUGUAUAAUCUCAAAGAUGAGAAAAUCCAAGUUUAUAAAGACCCACAACGGACUUUACUGGAACAUACGAUGGAUAAAUCUCCCAUCGAUAUCAAAUGGUGUGGCAAUGAUACCAUUGUUACCUCAUUUGAGGAUGAAAUAAGAUUAUUGGGCCCCGAUGGAAGUUAUGCGACAUUUUGGUAUCCCUUUGAGAUUGUUGAUUUGAGGACAGAAGUUGAUGGGGUCAAAGUCAUCACAACAAAUGGCAUAUUUUUCAUAUCUAGAGUCGAAAGUUCUACCGAAAAUAUCUUCAGAAUAGGAUCAACGGAACCAGGUGCUAUUCUCUUAGAUUCUUGGAAGCUAUUAAAAGAACAUGCGCCUAGAGCAUUAGAAAAUUUGAAAAGUUUUGAUUUGAAGAAGGGAGUGUUAGACUGUAUCCAUGCUUCUAUCAACGAAUGGGACAUACGCUUACAGAAGAUUUUGCUAAAUGCAGCUUCUUUCGGUAAGAGCUCAUUAGCAUACAAGAGUUUUGAUGCCAAUGAACUAGUGAAGGGAUGUGAACUUGUAAAAUUACUAAAUUCUUUGAGAAAGAUGGGUAUUUUCAUUACAAGAAAACAAUACGAAAUAAUUACUUUGAGAGGACUAAUUCAAAGGCUAAUAAGGGCUCAUAAAUAUUACGAGUGCUUCCAAAUUUGUCGAUUGGAGAAUAGUUUUGAAUUUUUUCAAGAGAUAUUUUUAAAUUGGGCCAUUACCAAGAUCAAAUUAUCAUCAAACUUUGAAGAUUCAGAAUUGCUGACUACAAUUGAACGUCAAAUAAUCGAACUUCCGGAGAAAUUUCAUGUACCUCUGGCUAAGAUAGCACAUGCCAGUUUUUUGGAAGGUCGGUUUCAGCUAGCUAGAAAUCUUGCUCUUCUUGAAAAAGAGCCUGAAUUGAAGAUCUUGGAGCUAUACAAAGUGGAUGAUAACAACUUAGCUUUAACUGAAUGUUUAAAGGCAGAGUCCCCAGAAUUGACAAUAUCGCUGUUAUUCAAACUUCAAGAGAAACUUACGCCAGUUCAGUUGAUAAAACUUCUGAUUUUGGAUAUGAUCGAUUAUUCCCUUUACCCUUAUGUACAAAGAAAUAAUUACGGUUUCCUAUUUGAUUUUUAUCGUCAAAUUGAUAAAUUAAUAGAUUUGGGACAAUUGAUGAUAAAACAGGCUCAACAGCAAGAUUCAAUUAAAACGUUUGUAUCACCUGUUGAAGAACUGUACAAAAAGGUUUCUACUGACGCAUUGAUCAAGCAAGAUACGGAACUUUUGAAAAGACAAGAUAAAUUAUGGAAUUAUCAAGAGUCGUUAACAAACACAUUUGGAAUAAGUUUUACCGAAUACACACUGGAUGAAACGUUGUCUAAAUUAAUUGAAAUGCAACAAGAAAGGCAGGUUAAGGAUGUGGUCAAAAACUUCAAGAUUGGAGAAUUUAAAUUCUAUCAUAUUAAAUGCAGAACGUUAGUUGCUCAACGACGUUUUGAUGAUCUCAUGAAAUUUGCCAUGGAUAAGAAAUCACCGAUAGGAUAUCUUCCUUUUUAUAAAAGACUAAGGAGGGAGGGAUUCAUAAGGGAGGCUGCCUCUUACGUGAGCCUCAUGACGGGAGCAUCAUAUGAAAAGAAGAAGGAAUUGCUAAUCGAUUGUAAAGGUUACAAGGAGUUGAUUCAACUUGCUGGAAAACAUAAAGAUAUUGUCGGAUUGAAAGAAUUGUAUAAGAUGGUUCCUCCGAAUGAACCUGAGUUGAAAGUGAUGAUAACAGAUACAAUAAAUACACUAUAA